GCCGUCGACAGCCUCCAAGGAAAUUGAUCUUGAUCUCUCUCUCUGCUCACUCCUAAACUGUGUUGCGUAUUGUGUAUGCUGCGGAGACUGAUCAAAAUGGCCGCCGAAACAGCUUCAAAGCGAAUCAAGCCCGAUCCACUCAUCAUCGGCACCCACAAUGGCCAUUUCCAUGCGGACGAGGCCCUUGCGGUCUACAUGCUUCGUCUCCUUCCCGAGUAUGCCUCUGCUGCCCUCGUACGCACCCGAGACCCUACACUAUUAGAGACUUGCCACACUGUCGUCGACGUCGGUGGGGAGUAUGACGCUUCCAAGAAUCGCUAUGACCAUCAUCAACGGUCAUUCAGCACGGCUUUCCCCGACCACAAGACAAAACUCUCCUCUGCUGGCUUGGUCUACAUGCAUUUUGGCAAAGCCAUCAUUGCUCAACACACCAAACUCCCCAUCGAGCACCCCGACGUGGACCUGCUUUACCGCAAAUUAUACGAUGACUUUAUUGAGGCGGUGGAUGCGAAUGACAACGGAAUUUCCAAAUACGAUGGCUCGCAACUUGAACAGGCAGGCAUUGAGCGGAAAUUCAAGGACAGUGGAGUGACACUGGCGAGUUUGGUCAAUGACUUGAAUCAUGAAGACCCGUUGACCUUGGGCGCACCCUCGCGUUCCACUGAAGAUCAACCUCAGGCUGAAGAGGACUACAGAUUUACUCAGGCAUCGACCCUCAUGGGUACAGCUUUCUUGCGCAAGCUCCAUGGCGCAGCCACUGCCUGGCUUCCUGCACGCGCCAUUGUCAAAGAAGCAUUUCAGUCUCGCAGCAAGGAACAUGCUUCUGGUCAACUGAUGGUCCUACCACGUGCUGGUGUACCUUGGAAGGAACACCUGUACAAUAUCGAGGAUGAAAACAACCUGCCUGCGGACAAAAAGAUUCUCUACGUGAUAUAUCCUGAAAAGGAGGAGCCCGGGUCGAAAUGGAGGAUCCAGGCCGUCAGUAAAGACUUCUCAAGCUUUGAAAACCGAAAAAGCCUACCAGAACCGUGGCGUGGCGUGAGAGACGAGGAGCUAGAUGCUCUCUUAGGUGACGCCGUGGAAAAUGGCGCGGUCUUUGUUCACGCAAGUGGCUUCAUUGGAGGUCACAAGACGGAGGCUGGUGUCCGUGCUAUGGCUGCCUUGGCUCUUGCAGCGUGAACAACUUUAUGCCGCUGUGUGGGGAAAAUCAGACUCCCACGAAGGGAAUGCUAUUCUAUGACCGAAAGCGACACGUCAUACGACAUUCCGACGCCGCGAAGUGUGAAUGAUGGUGCAGUCCACACCGAACGGGAAAGGAAGUGUUACCCGAAGCUGUCCGAACGUACUUUGGUUAAUAUCAUCACCAAAGGCAACGUGCUCUACGGGUGUGCGUCAAUGCCUGUCGGGAUAUGCCCCUGGACUCGAGCAUUUACAGGUUUGAACCCUUGGAGGACUCGUCCUUCUCAGAAAAGCACUACUCCCACAACAAUCGGGUUGGUCAGGCGACGUUAAGGGAAAUCCUAAGAUAGGAGCCAUGUCUCCCAAAUCUCAGCCGAACGAGAUCGAUCUACGACCAUAAACAGCCUCUUUGCUGAAGUACGGGAUAUGAGGAGGAUCGUGGACAGAGGUGCAAGAGCGACGAAGACCAAAAGUUGAGAUUCAAUAGUAUUGCAUAGGCAUGGCUGCCCGACUGUCAAGUGUGUCGGGGCUUUCUUGUGAAGCAGACUGUUUUCGAAGUAGGUAGCAAGUGGGCAGCAGUCUGAACCCGACCAAUAAGUCCUGCCGGCUUGACAUAUGAAACAAGCGUCCUCAAUGUAAAAUCAAGACAGCUUGGUUGUCUACGACAGAUUGAGACCAGUGCCUCCAAUAUUCACGUUUGGUUCUCCGACUUAUACAACAGUGCCGAGGACGAAGCAAUGAGCUCCG